AUGUACUGUCGUGUACCACUUAAGUCAAUAACUAAAAUACGUUUUUCCAAUAGAAGGCUUUCGAGUGUAACUCAGGGAUCAAAAUACUCAGAAUCAUAUAAAAAAUAUUUGAAAUUAGAUAAUGGUGAAAUCGGAUCCUAUUUCCAUGAUAUUCCCUUGAAUUUAGAUCUUCAAAAUGGAACAUGUAAUAUGGUCGUAGAAAUACCAAGAUGGACAAAUGGAAAGUUUGAAAUAUCAAAAGAAGUUGAAUAUAACCCAAUUAUGCAAGAUAUGAAGAAAGGCCGAGUAAGAUUUGUAAAUAACAUUUUCCCUUACCAUGGCUAUAUUCACAAUUAUGGUGCUAUCCCACAAACAUGGGAAGAUCCUACAAAAGUAAGUUUAGAUUCUUUGAAAGGCGAUAAUGAUCCACUGGACUGUUGCGAAAUUGGAUCAUCGGUUCUAGAUUUAGGAGACAUUAAAAAUGUCAAAAUAUUGGGGUCAAUAGCUUUAGUGGAUGAUGGUGAGCUAGAUUGGAAAAUUAUUACGAUAGAUUCAAAGGACCCCGUAGCAGGCUCAAUAAACUCUUUAGAGGAUGUUGAAAAAACAUUUCCUGGAUUACUUAAAUCCACAAAAGAAUGGUUUAGAGAUUACAAAAUACCUACAAAUAAACCAAGAAAUAAAUUUGCAUUGAAUGGUGAAUACCAAAGUCUGGACUCUACCAUUAAAACCAUUCAAGAAUGUCACGAAUCAUGGAAGAAGCUUGUUUCCCAACACAACGCUUUCAAUUUAGAGAACAUCCCCCAAACCAAGAGAGCAGGUGACUAUUUUAUUAUAGAAGGAACAGAACAAGCUGAUACCGAUAUCCCGACUAGCGUAAAUAAAUGGGAUUAUAUAUAA